AUGAUCGCUACAAGAGGUCUGAACACCUUCUAUGCAAUGGUAGGAACUGGUGCAUACUCGGAGGGUCUUGUGCCUUUAGUGACUGCCCGCCUAUGGACGUCUUACUGCAUCCCACGUAUGCUCUAUGGCUGUGCUACUCUGAAGUUCACCCAGGCAAUGCUAAAGAAACUGAACAAAACACAACUUCAGCUAUUCAAAAGGAUCCUAGGAGUACCAAUCACUUCAGCCGAUGAAAUUGUGUAUCUUCUCACAGACUUGAUUCCAGUGUCUGCUCAGAUAGAACUGGACAGACUCCUCCUCCUUGGGUCAAUUCUUUCUAUUGAUCGCUGUCGGUUCGAGUUUAGAAUCUUUCUUCAUGCCUCAGAGAAAACAACUCCAACCAUCCGGAUGUUUGCUGAUACUCUGUCUAAAUAUCAUCUCCCACCACUUGUAGAUCUAAUUACAGAUCCACCUCAAUACAACACUUGGAAGCGCACCAUCAACAUAGCAAUGAGGAGAAAUGUCAAUGAGGAUCUAGAGCAAACCAUCCUUUUGAAAGCCAGUCUUUCAGUCUGGGCAGGUAAUCUGCCUAUGGACGUCAAGGACCUCUACCCAAGAAACCCUCCAUCCUCCUUGAUUAGAAAGGCCUUGACACACUGUGCUGAAGAUUUGAAAAGACUGGUCCAAUCUGGCAGUCAGAUGUUAAAGGAUUAUGUGAAAAUUGAAACUCACUCUGAUAUGAGGCAUGCUCUUGUUCAUAUCGAUGAUGACUCCUUUGCUGCGAAGGUUGUAGAUUUACCAUGUAUGAUAGAAUCUCACAAGACACUUGACAAGAAGACUUUUUGGAAAACAGCAGAUAUUUCUCAGAUGCUAGUGUGUAAUGUUGAAGAUGCCCCUAUUCUACCAGAUGAAGAGGCUAAACAGGGACCCACCAAGAAACCAGAAAAGGUCGACAAGAAGUUCAUCUGGAAGCAUGGAGUUACUCCACCCCUGAAAAACGUGAGGAAAAGAAGGUUUAGGAAGACAGCUAAAAAGAAGUAUAUUGAGGCUCCUGAUGUCGAGGAAGAGGUGAAGCGAUUGCUGCGGAUGGACAGUACUGCCAUUAAGAUCAAAUGGGAAGUCCUGGCUGAGGAAGACAUUAAAGAUGAUAAGAAUGAUGAUAGCAUGGGAUCUCCUCCUCAUGGUGACAUUAUCCACGACAUGUUUGGCGGCGACGUCUCCGACACAGACGAUGAGAUGGAGGACGACGAGGAAGACAUGGACGUCAACAUCGAGGACCUGGAGGAUGGGAUCGGAGUGAGCCCUCGUGUUUUGAUGGAAGGGGAGGAUUCCAGGACGGCAUUCUCUGAUGCUGGUAUGGCCGGCGACGACGAGGAAGACAAUGAUGGGGAGGACGAUGAGGAUUCUGAUGGAGGACAAGAGGAAGAUGAGCUUGCAAAGAGACUAGUAGAAUUGGAAGGCGAACUCUUGGAACAAGAAAGCAGAAAGAAGCCUUUAGAAGAAUCUGUUGCCAGUUUAGACAACCCUAUGCUCAAGCAACGAUUUCAAUCUCAGCUUGAUGAACUGCUAGCAGACAUGAAAAAGAAACAAGAGGAGGUUGAAACCCUACAGUCAAUCGUCGGCAACAGAUGAUCCAUUCACAGCUUCCGUUUGUCAGAGAGAAAAAAGUGGAAUAGAAUAAAAAGGUUACUUUUCAAAGACACUAAAGCUACAGAAGACCUAGAGUUGCUGGACCUUUUGUCUGAGGUGUUGCUAUAGAAACUGAUACGUAGCCAAUCAAAAUCAAGAAAAGUUGUCAGAUCUGACAAAAUGUCAGACAGAAGAUACUGAUUAAAUGCUCUCCUGCCAUCAGCUACGUAGUAUCAAUGUCCGCAAAUAAAGACUCGAUUCAGGUGUGCAAAUUCAGAGACUAGAGAAAUAUUAAGAAGCUUUUGUUAGUAUCAAGGACUGCAAACAGAGACUUGAGACAUAUUUGGAAGUAUCAUAGUAUUGUUAUUAUCAAGGUCUGGAAAUUUAGAGACUAGAGACAUAUUUGAAAGAAGCAUGAUGUUAAUACCAAGGUCUGCACGAAGAGACUUAUAUCAAGGCCUAUAAAUAGAGACUAGAUUCUGGUCUGCACAUUCAGACUAGAGACAUUUGUGAAAGAAUCGUGGUAUUGUUAAUAUCAGAGUCUGCAAAUUGAGAAUACAGUAGAUUCAAGUCUGCAAAUAUAAACACCAGAGACAUAUUUGAAAGCACUAUUGUGUUCUUAAACUUAUUAUUAUCAGAUGUUCUUAUAGCAUUCUUUGGCAAGGCCUUAAUCUAUAAUUUGCCACUCCCCACCCAGUUGUUAUCCUGGUAGGAUUGAAAAGUCAGUAUAUAUGCCUAGCAACUGAGAAUGAAAACUUACCAGAAUGCUUCCUAGGGUGUGUGUAGGUAAGCCAGAAUGCAGUGACAAAGAUAAUAACCUAUGAAAGGACAAGUCGAGCCCAAUGAAGUUUAUUUGAAUAAAAGGAGAAAUAUCCUACAAGCAUAACACUGAAAAUAGCAUCAAAAUCGGAUGUAAAAUAAGAAAGUAAUGACAUUUAAAGUUUUGCUCAAUUUAGCAAUUAGUUGCAUGCCCCCUUGUCGGUAUGCAAAUAAGGGGACUGAUGAUGUCACCCACUGACCAUUUCCUUUGUAUUUUAUAAAUGUGAAAUAUUAUGAUUUUUCCCUCAUUGUCAAGUGAAAUAAAAUUUUAUUCCUCCCUGAAAAUUUGCAAUUACCAUUUUUAUGGUUCAAAUAGGUUGGUCCUUAUUGUCCUAUCUGUAAAAAUUGAAAUGUAUAAUUCAAACAUUAAAAAAAAGAAAUUGUGUAUGAGGGACAUCAUCGUCUCUCAUUUGCAUGUCACUGAGUUUUGCAUAUAACUGUUUUGUAAAAAAAUAAGUGACACUUUAAAGUGUCACCACUUUUCUUAUUUUACAUCCGAAUCUAAUGAAAUUGUCAGCGUUGUGCAUGUAUGAUUUUUCUCUCUGUAAUCGAAUCAUCAUUUUUCUGUGCUGGAUUUGACCCUAUAAGUGCGUAUCAAUAAAAAAAAAUUGCACUUGAAAAGUUUACAAUAUGGGGAUAUUUUUUUUCACAAAUAGGCUUCGGCCUCUUCUAUCAGAUGGAAUUAUGAUUAUUGACAGAAUAUUAGGCUCAAGGUAACCUAUAAUCUAGCUGGGGGCUUCAGCUUUUGUCCUUGCCUUAACGAGUCAUGAAACGCCAGAAAUACGUCUGAUGCAGAAGACUAAGGACAGUGGUUGAGAAGAAGAAUCAGCCACCGCCUAUACACUCCUGUCUUUCUUUUUAUCGACCCGGAUUCCGAUUGGAUUUUUCGUAUGAAAAACUGCACCAGACAUUUGUCGUUAAAAAAGCUGGGGGUUGCAGCUUUCAUCUUUGCGUUUACAAGUCAGAUGAAAUGUCAGCAAUACGUCUAAUGCAGAAGUUUUCUUUUUAUCAAAUUGGAUUCCGGUCGGAUUUUUCAUAUGAAAAACUGGCAUGGGGACAUUUGUCAAUAAAAAGAAAACAACUGCAUGUUACACAAGACCGGAGUCUACUGCAUCAGAUGUAUUGCUCACUUUUGGCAUUAUAGCAUUACGCUCAUAAGACCAUAGAAAUAAUUCUAAAAAAUGAAUUAUGCCUUAUGCCCGAGAUGACUCUGGCUGAUGUUUAUGAUAAAAUGUGCAUUAUACUGAAAUUAAAUCAUGUUGAACAGGUUAAAA